AUGGCCGCAUCUCGUAUGUCGAGGAUACACAGGUUAGCGUUACUGCUAACUGUAUCCUUUGCUGUGGUUGCUCAUACGUUAGCACAAACCGACGACACUGAAGCUGGAAGUGAAUUCAGCAGCGAUGCAGAGUCACCCCUUGAUCUCAAGAAACAAUCUCAGAAAAAAUACCAUAAAAAUUCGAAAGAAUCCGAAUGGAGUUAUAAAGGAGAAGCUAAAAAGUCUGAUGGUUUCAAAGACCCCAAAGACGUUCACUUGUUACGUUUAAUAUCAGAAGGUCUUCUUAAUCCGCAAGAUACAUUACCAAUUGUAUCGAACGAUGCCAUUAUUUCUAGUCACAUAAAUAAUAGCAGUAAUGAUAUUAGUGUUAACGUACAACCUGAGGGAAUGUCAGGAGUAGUAAACGAUGAAAUCAGCGCAGAUUCGGAUGAACGAAUAAUAAUGGAGAAGAAAAAGAACGCAACGAAAGAAAAAAUCUCCAAGUUCGAAUCAGAAGCCAGUAAAGAAUCUGAUGAAGAUAUCAAAGUUAACUUGGACGCAAACGUAGGCGUUCAAACUCCAAGUUUCAAUAAACAAAAAGGCAGUAUUUCUGUACCAGCACAAAAACAAAUCAGUUUGUCAAAAGGUAAAGAAAAUAUUCAUAAGAAGGAAGCAAACAAUUACGAAGUACUCUCUUUGAAGCCAUCAAAAGAGAAACCAUCAUCAACUGACGAAGGAGUUUUUGAUUUCGUCGACUCGCCGUUAUCCGAUAAACACUUGGUGCCAGCUGGAACAGCACAGACUUCUAGAAUAAACGUUAAAAAAGGACCGAAUGGACAAGACUACGAAUACGAAUACAUUUACUAUUAUUACGAAGAUGAAGGUGAAACGUCGGCUCAAAACGCUGAUCCAUCGGCGAAAGGUAAUGAAAUUCCAGUCAGUACCGGAACACCUACUCAACGAACUACGACGCCGAUUCAACGUGUAUCGUCGUCAACACCCAAAUACACUAAAUCCUUCUCCGAAGAUAGUCUUGGCACACGCGUAAAAUCGUCUGAAAUCUUACACGAAGAGGUAUCAUUACCGCAACAAAAUCGUGAGAAGUUCAGAUAUUCGAUUGAUAACAGUAAUGUAUUAUCGCAACCAGUCUCCUCAGUUCCUAGCAAAAGUUCCUUUUCAAAUGAUGUCUUUUAUUCGUCUAAUCAAUUCAACUCCGCAAGAUUUCCGAGUAGACAGACGGCUCCCCCGAGUGUAUCAGCGCAAUCAGUUCCCGCUGUAACUCAGCAAGUUGCCUCAUCCACAGCUAGACCAAUCUCUAGAGGUAGAUCACAUUUUAAUCCUACGACUGAAACUGACUCGAAUGUUUUCGCAGUAACUCCACAGUUGAUUACGGGACAAACUAGAGAAUCUCAAGCAAGAACUAAACCCAGCAAUGCAAGACAGCCAGGUUUAGAUUUAGUGGAUAGCAACGCAUUCAGAACACACUCGACAAACAUUCCCAACGAGUAUGAUAAAACAUAUACGCAAUUCGACAGUCAACCAAGAGGUAAAUCAUUAAAACAAAACCACGAUGAUUUAGGAAUUACGCAGAAUCAACCAACAUCGGCAUCCAGCACAAAAAGUAGCGACUUAUAUCAGAAAGAUCACGUAAUUGAAUACGUUGAAGAUACAUCUCGAGCUCCUGUUCCUACUCCAACUAGAAGUUCAUUUCCAAGUUCUACCCAGAGUACUGAAACCAUUGUAGAUAACACUGCUCCAUUUUCGACGCUAGCAGAUAAUUCAUUGACUACCGUAUACGGCGCAGGACUAACUGAUAAAGCAGCUCAUGAUUUGUACGCCAUUUAUCAAACUCAAAACGAAGAAUCUAAAUCGUUCUCCGAAGAAUCUCGCACCACCAUUACCGAUGAUGCUGAUGCCAAUGCCUAUUUUGCCACUAAUGUACCUACAACUUUGAUAUUUUCAACUACAACUACGACGACCACGACAACAACGACGACUACUCCUCCACCCACAACUACUACGACUGCUGCUACUAUUGCUUCCUCGCCAGUUACCGGUAGGGGUAGAUUCAGAAGUAGUACCGCCAGCAGAAGUAGAUUUUCAUCGACUACUGAACCAGCAGCUUCCGCUUCUGAAGCAUCAUCGCAAGGUUCUGAAAGUAGCGAAAAACCACGCAACAGAUUCCAACCAUCCAAUCGCCGAGAACCAGGUCACAGAGUAUCAGCUUACGGAAGAAAAUCAACAACAAUAGCUCCAGAACACGACAGUUCAACUGCUGCUAGCAGAGAUCACGAAUCAUCGAGACCAAGUUUCACUCCUUCAAACAAAAGUCGAUUCCGUGGAGGAAAUGCCAAAUCAGAAACUGCAUCUUCAUCUUCAUCUUCAUCUUCAACUGAAAGUCAAUCCAGCGCAACUGUCGGACACUUGAAACCAAACUUAGUAGACAGAUACAAUACAAGACGACGCAAUAACCCACUUUCAAGACCGACCACAACAACCGCUGCUCCAGGAGACGAUGACGUAUCCGCCAAACAAGAAAAUUCAAGCCCCGAACCAAAUGCCCAAGAACAUCAAUCUACAACUUUCAGAUCAGUUAGGAAUAAAUUCAGCAGCCCAAAUCCUCAAGUUCGACCCCUUAGGCCAGGACCCAAGUUGAACCUAGGCCCUAGAAGCAAAUUAGCUACAACAACCACGACUACCGUUGCUCCAAGCGCUCCACUAGAUGCUGAUACCAGUGGUAGCGCAGACGUACCAGUUGAACAUAAACAAACCGAAGAAAAUGCUGAUCACGAAGAAUCUGCAAGUGAAACUGUCGUUACGACGAUAUCGACGACAACCACAACUACUCCACAACCCGACGCCCUAACGAGAUUAAAGAACAGACCCAAAAUACAUGUUUCUGAUAAAGGCGGUCAUGCUAAAGCACAAGCUCAACAAGCGAAUAAUGCCGCAACAUUACAUCAAAAUCGUAAACAAUUGGUUAACAAUUUACUCCCGAGGAAGAAACAACCACCGCCUGCGGAAGAGCCAAAAGAAGAGAAACACGAAGUUUCAAAACCAGUCGAAGAAGAUGUAGAUGAAUCGUCGCCCAAGGUAGAUAGUGAAGCUUCAGAUACAUCGCCUGUUGCAGAAGUGUCAUCAACAACAGAAAGUAAAUUAUUACAACUUGCUAGUCGAAGAAGAAAUUUAACAGCUCGAAAACCAGGCACAUUGGCCAAUACCAAUAAACAGACUGCCAGUGAAGAAAGUUAACUGUGAAAAAAAAACAAUCAAAAUUAAGUUUAAAUAAAGAGAGUGUGUUUGUAUUUAUUUUUCUAAGUUGAUCUUGUAAAUAGUUUGAUAAAAUGAAUUACUUUUUAUAAAA